AUGGGAGAUCUUUCUGUAGCAUUUGAGGAGCAGGUUCAACCAGCUGUGAACAGAUCUCUUCAAGAGAGUAAACCGCUGGUUGUUUAUUGCUCGUCGGACGAUGACAUUUGGCUAAAAACUUGGUUAAAUAAUGAUAUUGGGAAACUGCUACAAACCAGAUGCGUAGCAGUGAGACUGCUGCAGAAUACACCUGACUUCAAUUACUUUGAGCAAAUAUGCCCUAAUGUACCUGUUCCCAGUUUCUGCUGUAUUUUAGAAGGCAAAAUAGCAGCUAUCAUUCAAGGCGAGAAUUACUCUGAGAACAGAACUACCCUGCUAACAUGCUUGGGAUUGCCUAACCCGGGUCCAUCGCAAGAAGUACACGGUGAUAGUGGUGAAGGUAGCUUUCGACAGAGAGAUACGUCGCUUAGGGAAGAAGCGGAGAAAAAAGUGGCACAAAUGUAUCACGAAAGUGUAUUGAAACAGCGAAAGGUUGAGAAGGAAGAGCGUGAGCGGAUAAUACGACUUGUGAAAGCUGACCGUGAAGAAUUUGUGGCGAAAAGACGUGGCAGUGUGAAGCCUGAGGCUCAAGUACCCGUGAGCAACUUGGAUAGUAUUCACGACAACAUUAAGAGCGCAGAACGCUUGCUGGCCAAAACUUGCACGCUACAGAUUCGUCUCUUGAAUGGUCACUCCAUCACACAUCAAUUUGAUUCUUCCACGAAACUGGACGCCGUAAGGCAAUGGGUAGAUGCAAACAGAACGGAUGGAGACAUGCCAUACGUGUUUUUAAGAAGCAUACCGCGAGAAACCUUCUUAGAUUCGGAUGAGAUGAAAAGUCUUCGUGACUUACAGCUCACUCCUCGUUCCGUACUUAUCGUGAAAGCCAUUGAAACUGGACUCAAUCGGCCCCGAGUUGUUGAUGCUCAGGGCCCUGGCUUGCUCGGCAAAAUGUUCAACUCUGUUUCAGGUUGGUGGAACUCCGGUAAAAGUGAUGAGCACGAGUCUACUGGUAGACCUUCCUCAAAAUCUAGUGUGAGACAGAUGGACGACUCCAUUUCUGUCGCCUCUUCAAAAUACGUCUCUCCACUCAAUUCUCCUCGCAUGAAGCACCAAUUGAUGCGUAACCCAUCUGAGUUGAGCCUCCCUUCGAGGCCCGUUUCCCCCAAUGUUUAUCAGUUUGUGAAUGCGGACGAUGAAAACCGAGACGAGACUGACCGGAAAACGUUCAAUGGUAAUAGUGUCAAACUCGAGGACAAGAACGACGGAUCAGAUGAGAGUAAUUAA